GCUGCAGAGCAGAGGAAAGCAGAGCCUUGUUCCAAUAAUUGCCAUUUACAGAUUUACUAGAUCACGGGCAAAGAUGUCUUCGCCGGUGAAGGUGUUCGGGCACGCGACGUCGACGAACGUGGCGCGGGUGCUGCUCUGCCUGGAGGAGGUGGGCGCCGAGUACGAGCUGGUGCCCGUCGACUUCCUCGCCGGCGAGCACAACACCCCCGAGCACGUCCAGCGAAACCCAUUCGGGAAGAUCCCCGCGUUCCAAGACGGCGACCUCGUCCUGUUCGAGUCGCGCGCGAUCGCGAGGUACAUCCUGCGCAAGUACAGGACGCCGGGCUCGCCGGACCUGCUGGGAGAGAACGGCGGCGCCGAGGAGGCGGCGAUGGUGGACGUGUGGACGGAGGUGGAGGCCCAGCAGUACCACCCGGCCAUCUCGCCCGUGGUGUUCGAGUGCAUCAUCUUCCCCGUCAUGCGCGGCGCCAAGACGGACCAGAAGGUCGUCGACGAGAGCCUGGAGAGGCUGCGCUUGGUGCUGGGGACGUACGAGGAGCGGCUGUCCAAGAGCAGGUACCUGGCCGGGGACUCCUUCAGCUUCGCGGACCUCAACCACUUCCCCUUCACCUUCUACUUCAUGGCCACCCCGUACGCGGCCCUCUUGGACGAGUACCCCAGGGUGAAGGCCUGGUGGGAGGACCUUAUGGCCAGGCCCUCGGUCAAGAGGGUCUGCGCCAAUAUGCCCACCAAGUUCUAGUUCCAUCACCUUGUGUCAUUGUGUGUGUGUCGGAGUGAAUUUGCUGUGGAAUAAACGAAUGAAUGAAUGUUAUGUAUUGAUCA